UAUUUAUGUGUGUGCGCGAGUGUGUAUAUAUAUAGAAGCUCUUUGUAGUACUAGUAUCAGCAGCUGUAUCUGAUUGAUUAUACAGCGCUAGCUCGGAGCUAGCUAGCUAGCCAGCCAACUGAAGAGCUGCUACUGGUAUAUAUAUAUAUAGGCCUGGGUGGGUGAAGCUUAAUUUGGUCACAGUUUGAACUAAGCAAGAGCGAGCGAGCGAGCGAGCGUAGAUGAAUUACAAGAAGAAGAUGGAGGGGGAUUCAUCAAAGAAGGCCUAUUUGGCGGCUAUUCUGAUACAACUGAUAUAUGCGGGCAUGUUCUUGCUCUCCAAGGCUGCAUUUGAUGUAGGCAUGAACACUUAUAUCUUUGUUUUCUACAGGCAGGCUGCUGCCACUGUUUUCCUUCUUCCUCUCGCCUUCUUCUUCGAAUGGAAAAGUGCACCACCGCUUUCAUUUGCAACCUUCUUGAAGAUAUUCAUGCUUUCCCUUUUUGGGAUUACCUUGAGCUUGAACUUGUAUGGCGUUGCUCUCAUUUAUACAUCUGCAAGUCUGGCUGCUGCAACUACCAACUGCCUUCCAGUCAUUACUUUCUUUCUGGCACUCUUGCUCAGGAUGGAGAGAGUGAAAGUGAGGACAGCAGCUGGAAUAGCGAAAGUGAUAGGGAUUGCAAUUUGCAUAAGUGGUGCCACUGUCAUCGCCUUCUACAAGGGACCUCCCAUCAAACUCCUCUUACCGCCUCACCACCUCUUCCUUCACUCUGCUGCUGCUGCUACUACUGAUCAGACUUCUUCUUCUACCUUUACUUGGAUUAAAGGCUGUUUCCUCAUGCUCACUGGCAACACCUUUUGGGGUCUAUGGCUUGUAUUCCAGGCAAGAGUAAUGAAAAGCUACCCGGCAAAGCUAGUGUCCACAACUCUGCAGUGCCUGCUGAGCACAAUUCAGUCAUUUUUGGUUGCUGUUGCUGUGGAGAGAGACCCCAAUCAAUGGAAGCUGCAAUGGAAUGUCAGACUCUUAUCAGUGGUUUAUUGUGGCAUUGUGGUGACUGGGAUCACAUAUUAUCUACAAGCAUGGGUGAUCGAGAAGAAGGGGCCAGUGUUCAUAGCCAUGUCAACCCCAUUGGCUCUGCUCUUCACAAUGUUGAGCUCCAGUCUCCUCUUAGGCGAGAUCAUCAGCUUGGGAAGUGUAUUAGGAGGGAUGUUGUUGGUUGGAGGACUUUACAGUGUUCUGUGGGGGAAGAGUAGAGAGCAUGAUGAUGAAGUAAAGAAGCAGCUGCAGCUGCAGCUGGUUGCCAUCACCACCAUCACCCAGCCAGAAGAAUUAUGCGCAACUGACGAUGAAAAUGGCACGAAGGAAUUAGAAGCAGCAGCAUCACCACCACCAAUGCCAACCAAAACCAAUACCUUGUCAACUAUUAUUGUAUAGCAUAUAUAUAUAUAUAUAAUUAAUUAAUUGCAUGCCAUCCAUUUUCACACACACACAUAAUUGCCAAAGCAUGGAUUGGCGGGUCAUAUAUAGUUCAUUGUGGUUGAUGUUAACUUCUCUUAUAAUUUGAUAAAAUAAUAAAUUUCACAUCGAAUAUUAUUAAC